AUGGCCCUCGCGCUCCCGAGCUUCGGGCUGCUGAACUCUCGCCGAGGCGUGCACGGCCCGACCGCCGGCGGCGUCGGCGUCCCGUGGCGCGUCGGAUCUCGUUCGUCGUCGGACUCGCCGACGCGUCAGAAUCAGAUCCGCCACCGGCGCGCGACGCGAAAGCCGACAUCGCUCGACGCGCGCGCGUCCGCGCGCGAUGACGCGGACGAAGAAACUCCACACGCAAAGCCCCUCGGCGUGCGCUUCACCGCCGCGACGCUCUCCGGCCUCCUCGCGGCGUCCCCCGUCGCGAUGCCGCUCGCGCCGAUGACGUCUUCGGAAACUUCGCCGAGAAUGCAACAACAACGACGACCGACGUCUUCCGCGACGUCGGCGUUCGCGCCGCGGGUCUUGAACCGCGCGCUCACCGCGUCCGCGGCGGCGCCCGAGUUGAUCGUCCCGUCCGGCGCGUCCACGGUCCUCGACCGCGAGGAGACGGACACGGUGAAGCUGUUCAAAGAAGCGACGCCGUCCGUGGUCUUCAUCACCAACAAAGUCUUCGCGCGCGUCAACGCGUACUCGUUGGACUCCACGGAGAUCCCGCGCGGCGCCGGGAGCGGGUUCGUGUGGGAUACGAACGGUCACAUCGUGACAAACUACCACGUCGUCAGAGGCGCGGACGACCUCGCGGUCGCGUUUCAAGGCGACACGACGCAGUACGACGCGACGUUGCUCGGAUACGACGAAGACAAAGACGUCGCCGUGCUCUCGGUGAAGAAGCCGCCGACGACGUCGCCGCCGCCGAUACCGCUCGGGCGGUCGUCGUCGUUACAGGUUGGCCAGAAAGUCUUCGCGAUCGGAAACCCGUUCGGCUUAGACCACACGCUCACGACCGGGAUCGUCAGCGGUUUGGGGAGGGAGCUCCCGAGCGGGAACACGGGGCGGCCGAUCCUCAACGUCGUGCAGACCGACGCGGCGAUCAACCCGGGGAACAGCGGCGGACCGUUACUGGAUAGUAACGGUCGCCUCGUCGGCAUCAACACCGCGAUCGCGAGCACGAGCGGCAGCAGCAGCGGCGUCGGGUUCGCGCUGCCGAUCGACUCCGUGAAAGGCAUCGUCGAGCAGGUCAUACAGUUUGGUAAGGUGACGCGACCCAACGUCGGCGUGGUGCUCGCGCCCGACGGCGCGUUGCGUCAGCUCCUCGGCUUCAACGCGGACAACACGGACGGCGUUCUGAUCCUCGGCGUCGCGGAUGGCAGCGCCGCGGCGAUGGCGGGGAUCAGAGGCACGACGCGGGACGUCGUCGACCCGUCGAAGGUUGUGUUGGGGGACGUGAUCAUCGGUUUCGACGACGCCGCCGUGAAGGACGCGUCGGAUUUGUUUCGGGCGUUGGACGCGAGACGCGCGGGGGAGACGGUGACGCUGAAGGUGAGGAGGAACGGCGUCGGGGUCGUGGACGUGAAGGUGACGUUGGGGGAGAAGGUGACGAAGUUUGGCGUGUAGCGGUGGCGGGGUCGUGGGGGUCGGGCGCGAGCGUCGAAGACGCCGCGUCGUCGUCGACGACGAGUGAAAUGAAAAAAUAAAAUUAAUCCCACUUGC